AUGUCCGGCGCUGAGGCUGGCUUUAUCAUUGGCCUCAUUUCGGGCGUGAUAUUAAUCAUUGAGGCAGCCAAAACGGUAUAUGAUGCCGCUGGAAACGUGAAAGGCCAGCCGGAAGCAUUCCGCCAAGUGGCUGCACGACUGCCACUUGUUAUUGAGAUUCUUCGAUGUGCUGAAGAGAGAGUAUCAUCGCUCGAUGAACCGGCGCUAGAUGCGAUAGAGCUCAUUCUAGAGUCAUGCAAGGCAAAGGCUGAUGACCUCAACAAAAUAUUCCAUAAAGUGGUUCGAAAAGAUGACGAUAAAUGGUUCGAUCGAUACAAAAAGGCUUUGAGUACAUUGCGGAAAGGGGAAAAAGUAGAGUCUUUGAUGGAAGGGAUACUCAAAGAUACCCAAUUGCUUGCAUGCGAGAAGCUGGUGGGAAUUGCUACUGAAGUGCAAGUAAAGGGGCUCGAAGAGGGAAUCAAAGAGAUGAAGGAAAUGCCCUCCUCUCUUCAGGAAGAGAUUGGAAGUGUCACCCAGAACCACAAUGGCAGUGGUAACAAUAAUGCCAACACUGGUGGAGGAGCUAUGCAUGCUGGGACUGGGGAUCUCUUUCACAAUAAAAUUAAUGGGGAUGCAUAUUUUGGCAAUAAUAUCUCAAGCCAGCAAACCGACUCCCAAACCCGAAAGUAUCUCAAAGGUUUAUCGACGACUGAUCCCCGCGAGGACAAGAUACGUAUUGAGCAGGCGAAGGGUGGUCUGCUGAAGGACUCAUACUGCUGGAUACUUGAAAAUCCCGACUUCCAACAAUGGCGUAGCGACAGCCGGAAACCAUUACUCUGGAUUAAAGGUGAUCCUGGCAAAGGUAAAACGAUGCUCCUCUGCGGUAUUAUCGAUGAGAUAAACAAAGAAAAAGAUCCGACCGCGUUGUUGUCGUACUUCUUCUGCCAGGCCACUGAUCCACGCCUGAAUAACGCGACAUCUGUAAUCCGUGGCCUGAUCUACCUGCUUGUCAAUCAACAGCCAUCGCUUCUUUCAUAUAUUCAGAAGAAGUAUGACGAAGGGAUCAAGAACCCUUUCGAGGGCGUUAAUGCUUGGGUAGCUUUGUCGAAGGUAUUUGAAAGUCUUUUAGAAGACUCAGUAUGUCAAAGCGGUACUUACUUAUUCGUUGAUGCACUUGACGAGUGCGAAACCGACCUUUUACCACUACUACAUUUAAUUACUCAAAGUAUCUCUAGAUUUCCUUACAUUAAAUGGAUUGUAUCGAGCCGCAACAAGCCCGAUAUUGAGGCACGUUUGAGACCUGAUAAUACACAAAAAUGGCUCAGCCUUGAGCUGAACGAAAAGUAUGUUUCUCGUUCUGUCGAGAUAUUUAUUAAUUUCAGAGUAUCUCAACUUCCACUUAUUGGUGACGAUAAAGUGCUACAAGAGAGUGUACGAGAACAAAUUUACACCAAGGCUACUGGAACGUUUCUUUGGGCAGCUCUUGUCCUAGCGGAGCUCGAGCAGGUUAAUAGCUGGGACGUCCUCGAUGUGCUUCGCGAAAUACCGUCAGGCUUAAAACCACUCUAUAAUCGAAUGAUACAACAAAUAGAUCAACUACAACGAAAUGAUCCUCAUUUUUGUUACUGUGUUCUUUCUACGAUGAUCCUUGCGUAUCGCCCACUUCACCUUCUUGAGUUGGGGUUGCUGUCUAGCCUGCCUAAGCGAAUUCCUAAGAAUAUUCGGGAUAUUUCAAAAAUUGUCUCUAAUUGUGGAUCUUUCCUUAUAAUUCGAGAAGAUACAGUCUUCUUUAUACAUCAAUCCGCAAAGGACUAUUUAUUCGAAGAUGCAAAUGAUAAGUUCUUUCCUAAUGGAAGUGAGACAUACCACUACGCGAUGUUCUCACGAUCACUACAAGUUAUGUCCGAAGCACUGCGAUGCGAUAUCUAUAGGCUAAAGGCUCCUGGAACAUCGAUCGAUCAAAUUAAGCAACCUGAUCUCGAUCCAAUAUCUCCCAUGAAGUAUUCCUGCAUUUAUUGGGUCAAUCAUUUAAAUAACACUCAUCCUAAACAACAAAGAGAACAACUUCAAGAUAACGAUAAGGUUCAUGAAUUCCUAAAAGUACACUUCCUUCACUGGCUGGAGGCUAUGAGCUUGAUGGGGAAAAUUUCAGAAUGUAUUACUGCAAUAAAUAGUUUUGAAUCUUGUAUCUUGGUUGAAAAAGCUCCUGAACUUUUCGCUUUUACCCACGACGCCAAACGCUUCGUCCUUCACAACCGAAUAGGAAUUGAACAAGCUCCUCUCCAAAUCUAUUGCUCAGCUCUUGUCUUUGCUCCUGAGGAGAGCAUCAUUCGAAAAACAUUUCAAGACUGUAUCCCCAAUUGGAUCUAUAAAAUAUCAAGAACACAAUCAAAUUGGAGUGCCGCUCUUCAAACACUUGAGGGCCAUUCGGAUUGGGUUUCGUCGGUUGCCUUUUCGCCGGAUGGUAUAAUAGUAGCUUCCGGCUCUAGCGAUAAAACAAUCCGGCUUUGGGAUAUAGCAACAGGCGAAUCCCUUCAAACAUUUAAGGGUUAUUCGAAUUCGGUUUUAUCGAUUGUCUUUUCGCUGGAUAAUAAAAUGAUAACUUCCGGCUCUGAUAAUGAAACGAUUCGGCUUUGGGAUAUAACAAUAAUUUUUGGCUUUUGCAAUAAAACGAUUUGGCUUUGGAAUAUAAUAACAGGCGAAUCUCUUCAAACACUUAAGGGCUAUUUGUAUUUAAUUACCUCAGUUGCCUUUUCGCUAAAUAAUAAAGUGAUAGCUUCUGGUUCUCGUGAUAAAACGAUUCGGCUUUGGGAUAUAGUAAUAGGCGAAUCCCUUUAUAUAUUUGAGGAUUAUUUGUAUUCAGUUUUAUCGGUUGUCUUUUCACCGGAUAAUAAAGUAAUAGCUUUUGACUUUGAUAAUAAAAUAAUCCGGCUUUGGAAUAUAAUAAUAAACAAAUCUUUUCAUACACUUAAAAACUAUUUAUAUUCGAUUAGCUUAGUUGCUUUUUCGCUAGAUAAUAAAAUAAUAGCUUUUGGCUUUAGUCAUUCGGGCCUAGAGGCAUCCUCAGCCUUUGAACGCUACUCUAUAUCAAACAAUUGGAUAGCCGAAAAAGUAGAUAGAGAAAUGCGAAAUACGAUUUGGCUACCUCCGGACUAUCGGCCAUCUAGUAUAUCUUUUUAUAAGGGAACUAUAGUCAUAGGACUUCCCUCCGGUAGCGUUUUUAUCUUGAGGUUUAAGUAUAGAGGUUCCACAUCCUUUAGAUUAAAACAAGCGUUAGUAUAA